GAACUCAUGUCAUCAAAUAGAUAUGCAAAUAUAGAUUAUAUUUUUUUCUCAACAAUUACACUGCUGUUGCUUCUUUCAGUGGUCAUAUCUUACGAUAUUGCAUGCCAAUGGAAGUUGAAUCUCUUGAAAUGUAUGUUGGCACUUCCGGAGGACAUUCAAAUACCCGUGGUUACUGCCGUUGCUAUGUUCCUAUUUGCUGUCCCAAAGUUCCAUGCACCAGCACAUGAGGAGAAAUGUUCAACCCCUCAUUCACUCAAUCUAAUGCCAGGAGUGGGCCGCAUGGACGGUGAAGGAAUUGAACGAAAUUGGGCUGAGAUGAAUUGUGUGGCAAAUAGUACAAAAGAGAUGGGACCGGGUUCAUGGCACAAUACACUCGACGAUCACUUUGGGCAUCACAAUUGGUGUAAACUUACUGGUCUUGGUAAGUCCUCAGUCGCCCUAGCUGGCAUUCAACUAACUUCAUAUUAG